CCAAAUAUAUGCAGUGCCACAGCCACCGGCUCUGCUCUCGCUCUGAUCGGCGGAGGAUUUGAGGCCGCAGUUUCAGGGUCGGGCACAAGGUGACACCGGAGGGACAUCAGGCAAAUCCGCAUCCAGCCCGAGCCACGAGGCCCGGACCCCGUCAGCCGCCCCGCGGCCCCCGCAACCGGCUGAGCCUCAACACACCCCACCCGGGGGACGGACCAGACAGAGACAGAGAUAGAGAGGCCCGGGCCCGGGGCGGACGAGCAGACGGCGCUUCUCCUCCCUCUCUCCCUCCACCUAAUCUGGGGCGGAUCUGACGGACACUCUCUCUAUCGCUCUCCCUGUGGCGGCGGCGGCGGCGGCUGAAACCUCCCGAACAGCCUCAGGCCCUCUCGGCUCCAACCGACACAACCCGUCAACAGAGUGGGCCCCGGGGCUGCACCGUAAACGGCGGAUGGAUCCUCUGAAAGCCCAGCAGUUGGCGGCGGAGCUGGAGGUGGAGAUGAUGGCCGACAUGUACAACAGGAUGACGGGAGCGUGUCACCGCAAAUGCGUCCCCCCCCAUUACAAGGAGCCGGAGCUGUCCAAGGGCGAGGCCGUUUGCCUGGAUCGCUGCGUCUCCAAAUACCUCGACGUCCACGAGAGAAUGGGCCGCAAACUGACCGAGCUCUCCCUGCAGGAUGAGGAGCUACUGAAACGUGUCCAGCAGGGGGGCGGGGGGCACUAACACCCCCCCCCCUCUCCCCGAGA